CACGGACCGGGGCGGGGAGCGGCGGACCGGACCGAACCCUCAUGGCGGACCUGAUCCAGAAGAAGCUGCAGGGCGAGCUGGAGAAAUACCAGCAGCUGCAGAAAGAUCUCAGCAAGUCCAUGGCAGCGCGGCAGAAACUGGAGGCACAGUUGACUGAGAACAACAUUGUCAAGGAGGAGCUGGGGCUGCUGGAUGCGACCAACACUGUCUACAAGCUGAUUGGCCCGGUGUUGGUGAAACAGGACAUGGACGAGGCUAAAGCCACUGUCAGCAAGCGGCUGGACUAUAUUGCUGGGGAGAUCAGGCGCUACGAGCUGCAGAUGCAGGAAUCUGAGAAGAAGGCAGAACAGCAGCGGGAGGUGCUGGCCCGGCUGCAGCAGGAGUAUCAGCGAGCCCAGGGCAAAGGGGUGGCCAAGGCAUGAGACAAUGCUCGGGAGGGUGGGGGCUGUAUUUAAGGUUUUCACUGUUUGAAAUAAAGAGGUGAUGCACAAACUGA